AAUUGUGACUUUUCUUAUCGUGUCGUUAUCAACAAAGUGAUAUCAAAGUUCAAUUUUUUAUGAAUUUUACUUUAGUUUUAUCAGUUCAAGUCAAUUUAACUUUGGUAGCAUAUUGUUAGUGUUCCAGAGGAUAUUAAAAUGGCUUCAGUCGCUGCAGUGACCCGUGCAUUAUUAGGAAAAAGUGUUUUGAAUACCGGGAGAGUUGCAACUGCGAAUACCGGUUUCAUAAAGUUUUACAGUACCGCACCUCAGUAUGAGAACAUCAAGGUAGACGUAGUAGGCAGCAAGAAGAAUGUAGGCCUUAUCCAGCUGAACAGGCCUAAGGCCCUGAACGCACUGUGCGGUGCAUUGUUUAAGGAACUUGGUAAAGCAGUGGAGGAAUUUGACACUGAUGAAAAGAUUGCUGCCAUUAUUAUCACAGGUAACGAGAAGGCCUUCGCCGCGGGCGCCGAUAUCAAGGAGAUGCAGGGCAACACGUACAGUGGUAACACACGGCAGGGCUUCCUGAAGGACUGGGAGGCCGUCUCCAACUGUGGGAAACCUGUCAUAGCUGCUGUGAACGGAUUUGCGCUUGGAGGAGGCUGCGAGCUGGCUAUGAUGUGUGACAUAAUAUAUGCUGGGGAAAAGGCCAAGUUUGGUCAACCCGAGAUCAACAUCGGCACUAUCCCCGGUGCAGGCGGCACCCAACGCCUGCCCAGAUACGUCGGCAAGUCCAAGGCUAUGGAGAUCGUGCUCACCGGGACCUUCAUUGACGCGAUCGAGGCGGAGAGGAUGGGUCUAGUAAGCCGCGUGUUUCCCGUCGAGAAGCUUCUAGAAGAGACCAUCAAGUUGGCAGAAAGAAUUGGAACACACUCCCCCCUCAUUGUGAAGAUGGCUAAACAGUCUGUGAACCAGGCGUAUGAAACUACCCUCAAGUCUGGUUUGCAGUUUGAAAAGUCUAUCUUCUAUGGAACUUUUGCGACGGAGGACCAGAAAGAGGGAAUGACUGCAUUUAUUGAGAAGAGAGCACCUAACUUCAAGAAUAAUUAAGAUUUCCUAGCGACUCUGCUAUUCAGAAAUGAAUUAAAUAUUGUAUAAGCGCCAACCACUUUGCUACAAACAUCAUAAUUUACAAUCAAGGAACUUUUUGUAGAAAUCUAUGAGGAAUUUAAGGGAAAAUGCAAUAUUGCUCUUUGUAAAAAAAACCGUUACUGAUUAUGUAUUUAUUUACUGUUUUAUAUAAAAAAAAUAUGUUAUUUUUAUAAAA